CUAGUGUUAAAUAUUGUAUUAAUAAUUUCUUCUCUUUGCCCGUAGCUUUGUGGGGACGUAAAGAUGGAGACUCGUGCAUCUUCAUCAUGUUCUGUGGGACGUGUGACUCCUGUGGAGGAACAGAAUGAAGAUCUCCAGAUUGUGAAAGUGGAAGACCUUGGAGAUGGAGAUUACCUGUAUGAAGCAACACCAAGAUCUGUGGUCCAACCUAACGAAGACCUUCAGAAGAAGCUUGUUAAAGAGGAGGAACCUAAACAUGAGGAUGAUCUGUACUGUGAGGUCUGCAGGUCCUUCUUCGUUGACCGGUGUGAGCUCCACGGUCCACCUCUCUUCAUCCCUGAUACUCCCGCUCCCACGGGCGUCCCUGACCGAGCCAGACUGACCCUUCCACCCGGGCUAGAGCUUCGACAGUCCAGCGUUCCUGCAGCAGGUCUGGGCGUGUUUAACAGAUCCGACACUGUUCCGCUCGGCGCUCACUUCGGACCUUAUCAGGGGGAGCUGGUGGACCGAGAGGAAGCCAUGAACAGUCCCUACUCCUGGGUGAUAUACGAGAGCAGACGGCGGGAGGAACACGUCGACGCCAGGAGUGAGAAGCAGGCGAACUGGAUGAGGUACGUGACCUGGGCUCGUAGGGACGGAGAGCAGAACCUGGUGGCGUUCCAGUACCGAGGGGGGAUUCUGUACCGGUGUUGUAGAGCCAUCGAACCAGGACAGGAGCUGGUGGUGUGGUACUCUGAGGAGUACGCCAAAGUUCUCGGCGUCACGUUCGGCUCCCUCUGGAGAGAAAAGUGCUCCACAAAAGGAGUGAACACCACAACGUUGCAGGACUUCUUCUGCUCCUCGUGUUCACCUCCCCAUACAUCUCAGACUGACCUCCACCAGCACGUCCAGAGAUUAAACGCAGGAGAAGCGUCACAUGACCUCCCGGUGCCCACGGGUAGCUUCGAGAGUCGGCGUGCGCCCUCCGCCAGUCCCCAAACCGACACGCCAAAGAUCUACCAGUGCUCCGACUGUGGGAGGAACUUCUCCUGCGGGAGCAAUCUCCGAAAGCACCUGCGCAUUCACACCGGAGAGAAGGCCUUCCAGUGCUCACACUGCGGGAGGCGCUUCACCUACAAGAGCAACCUCCAGAAGCACCAGCGCAUUCACACCGGAGAGAAACCGUACCAGUGCUCACAGUGUGGGAAGAGCUUCACCCAGCAGAGCACCCUGGUUCAACACCAGCACAUUCACACCGGGGAGAAGCCGUACCAGUGCUCCGAGUGCGGGAAGACCUUCACUCAGGAGAGGACUCUGCAGCAGCACCAGCUCAUUCACACCGGAGAGAAGCCCUAUUACUGCCCGCAGUGCGGGAGGAGCUUCACGCAGAAGAGUAACCUCCGCAUGCACCAGCGCACUCACACCGGAGAGAGGCCGUACGGCUGCUCGCUCUGCGGAAAGAGUUUCACCCAAGAGAGGACUCUCAAGCAGCACCAGCGCAUUCACAUGGGAGAGAAGCCCUACCACUGCUCCCUGUGCGGGAAGAGCUUCACUCACCAGAUCGGUCUGAAGAAGCACCUGCGCACUCACACGGGGGAGAAGCCGUACCGCUGCUCGCAGUGCAAGAAGAGUUUCAGUCAGCAGAGCAAUCUGCGACUGCACCAGCGCAUUCACACGGGAGAGAAGCCGCAUCGCUGCCCGCACUGCGGGAAGAGCUUCACCCAUCAGAGCACUUACCUGAAGCACCAGCGCAUUCACGAAGAAAAGCCGUAUCACUGCACGCACUGUAAAAAGUGUUUCGGUCGAGAAGGCGAUCUUCAGAAGCACCGGUGCAUUCUCAAACCCUAGA